CGACUACGUCGACUCAAACCCCUCCCAUUGGCGGAACGCGCACAUUCCUUUUGUCCAAGAUGGCGGUGUUGAUGCAGGUUCAUUGAUGUUAAUUUGUUUUUAAGCGCGUUUAUGGUUAUAUGUCGGAGUAAACGCAACGUAUCAGUGUCACGGAUAUUAACUACAAGUUUCUAAAUCGUCCGUUUCUGUGCAGUGUAUGCUAAAAGUGAGGAUUUUGCUUCCAGAGUGGAUUAAUUCAGUAGACACUGGCUGACGAGCUAGCUAGUUUACGUUAACGCGUUUGCAAAAAAAAAAAAAGUUGGGGCAUCGUUUGAAAAUGAAGCGACAGGCGGGGAGGGACAUUAGUCCGAGUAGGGCUUUAGCGAAACGAAUACGUGAAAGAGAGCGAGAACGAGACGGGGCACGGAGAGAGGACCUGCCGCCCCCACCGCUUGCUUUGUUGCUCGCUGAAAGCCGUAGGCAACAUGCUCGGAGCAGGAGCAGGGAACGAGAAAAGACACGGCUUCGGGAGGAGCGCGGGGCCGCCGGAGACCCUCUCCACCACCGACAACAACACCACGAGCUCGGCCUUAUCGGUCGCCCUACUCUCCGGACUACAGCCACCCUGCCUAAAGGCAAAGUGGCGGCUGAGCUGCUGGGCGCACGGGGAGGAGCGGGGGGGGCUCUGGAAUACAAAUCAUUGCUCAUUAGCAACCUAGGCUCUGUUCUUACUGACGAACACAUUGAAGACGGACUGUUCCACGAGUUUAAAAAGUUUGGCGAUGUUAGUGUGAAACUAUCUCACACCCCUGAGUUGGGCCGGGUCGCCUACGUGAAUUUCCGACACCCUGAGGACGCUAAAGAGGCCAGACACGCCAAGACUAGGUUAGUACUGUAUGACCGCCCCCUCAAAGUAGAGCCCAUGUAUGUCCGGAGACGAAGCUGCACGCCGCCGGAAGUCGGCUACAUCCCCAUCCAUGGUGUCCCUGUUCCUUAUCCCCCGUAUAGACAGAGGUCUCUUUCCCCAGGGGCUGGAGUUAGCAGUAUUAGGGACAUCCGUCCCCCAAGACACUACCCUGUAGAUGGGCUUGGACUGAGCAGAGAGAGGGAGAGGAUCUUAGAUUAUUAUGGGAUGUUGGAUGAGAGGGGGCGGCCAUACGGACUGCCAGUACCUGAGCACGAUGACUUAAAGCCGGAGGACGACGCCAGGGCGUGCCGGAACCUGUUCAUCGGCAACCUGGAUCACAACGUCACCGAGGGCGAGCUACGGAGGGGCUUCGACAAGUAUGGCAUCAUCGAGGAGGUGGUGAUCAAACGUCCGGCCCGUGGUCAGGGCGGAGCCUACGCCUUCCUAAAGUUCCAGAACUUGGACAUGGCCCACCGGGCCAAGAUGGCCAUGCAGGGCCGCGUGAUCGGAGGAAAUCCGGUGAAGAUCGGCUACGGUAAAGCCAACCCCACCACCAGGCUGUGGGUCGGCGGCCUGGGCCCCGUCAAUUCCCUGGCUGCUUUGGCUCGUGAGUUUGACCGCUUUGGGAGCAUCCGGAACAUAGACUAUGUAAAAGGGGACAGUUUUGCCUACAUCCAGUAUGAAAGCCUGGAUGCCUCCCAAGCUGCUUGUGCCCAGAUGAGGGGCUUCCCCCUGGGGGGCCCUGAGAGGCGGCUGAGGGUGGACUUUGCCAAAGCAGAGGAGCCCCUUCCUCGUAGCUACCCUGUGGGGUACCAACCCCCAGUCCCCCUGCCUGUUCACCUGGACCUGCUUCAGGAGGGAUACGGGGGACGGCACCGCGACCGUAGCUUGGAGAGAGAGCUCCGGGCCCGGGACCGCUCGCCCCCCUCCCACGCCCUCUUCCUCCAGAGGGAGAGAGAGAGGGCUCUGCUGGACAGGGGGGACCGUGAGUUCAUAAGCCCCACAAAGAGCCUGGAGCGGAGGGGGAGUGACGCAUUUGGGGGGUCGCGUGCAGGUCGGGGGGACCGGGCGGGCCGAAGCCGCAGCAGGGAGCGCUGGUUGAAGGAGAGAGACGCAGAGCGGCCUGGCGGGGAGAGAAGGAGACGCAGAUCUCUGUCCCCGGACGGCCCCCCUCAGGAGAAGGAGAGAGGCCGCUCCAAGGUGAGAGGUGGCGGGCCAGCCUCCCCGGAGGACAGCCCAGACCGGGCCAGGGUCCGCGCCCCAGACUCCACCACCGAGCCCAGGGGGCAGAGUCCGGACAGCAGCCGGCACUCAGAGGACCGGCCCGGGCAGGAUGGCCACGACACAUCCUCCAGCGUCCGGGAGCGCCACAAGAAGGCCGGGGAAAAGUACCGUGACUGCAACCACAGAGCCUCCAGCGACGCCAACCACACCUCAGACACGCCGAACAAAAACCCCAGGUCACUCACCACCCUGUCCGAGUACGCCGCCACUCUUACCAAGGCCUGGCACGGCCACUUUGCCCUGAAGAACUCCUGCUUCCCCUCCGACAUGCACCUGCUGGAGGGAGGCUCUGGCUUCUUCCACUCCAUGAUGAAGGACCACCAGGCCAAGGGGAGGCUCACUCAGCUGAAGAUCGCCCAGCGGCUGCGGAUGGACCAGACCCGGCUAGACGAGGUCACCAGGCGGAUCAAGCAGGGUGGCUCCGAGGGCUACGCUGUUCUCCUGGCCCUCCAGGGCCCCAUGGACCGCGAGGCCCCUCCCCCUGAACCCGGCCUGCAGAUCAGGCUCCUCCGUCACCUGGUCACCUACCUGAGGAACAAGGAGGCAGCAGGGGUCAUCAGUCUCCCUGUGGGCGGAGCUAAAGAGGGCAGUGCGGGGGGCAUGUUGUACGCCUUCCCCCCGUGUGACUUCUCCCAGCGGUUCCUCCAGACGGCGCACAGGACUUUGGGGAACCUGGAUGAGGAACACCUUGUGGUGGUGAUCGUCAACGACUCUGCCUAACUAAAGCCGGCAGACAUGUUUCUAUAUGGUGUUAGAUAUCAGUGGUGGCCUUCAGCUCCCAUCUAAACAACACACAGCUGAACUCUGACCUCCGAUUCCUAAUGACUUAACUAAGUCACAUCUCUCUGUCCUUGUGGAGGUAUUGGCUGUCCAUUUUCCUUCCACGUAAAGGGACUUUGCUGUUGGGUAUCAUUGCGACUCUAGUGACACUACAACAUUAGUCAACAUGGUGUUUCUCUCUGGGCACCUUGCCAUCUUCCCCUCCAUGGAUCUUUGGCCUCCUGACAGACUGACUGCUGUGUCAGGACAGGCUGCCAUUUUAGAAACCCACUGCCUGAUGACAUGGUGGUCUGGCCUUCUGUCACCAACACAUCCAUCUACACACAGACUGCCCUGCUGUUGUCCAAACAAGGGACCCUUUAAGACAGACUGGCUGGCAUUGUGUUAAGGGGGAGACUAGUACUGUAGGUGUAUUUGGUGACUCUUUCAUUGUGUUUAAUUGAUACACUACAACUGAACGAGGGACUGCUGUUGUUUUACUUUUUAAGGAGCUUGACGGAUCAGUAUAGCUGUAGAUGCAUAGGCCACUCCCUCCACAGUACUCUAUCAUUUCAUUGGAUGGAUGGAUGAUCAGACAUGUACUUAUUGAAUCUUUCCAGCGGUUCUGCAUAAUAUUUUUGAGAAUUGUGUGCUCUGAUUGGUUGUAGCAUGCCAGAUGUUUUUUUUUUCCCCCCGCAGAUUUUACUGUCUGACCGUUGGUAAAGUUCCCCGGGGAUUUACUUGGCGUUGAUUAGUUUGAAAUAUUAUUUCCGCUACAGAUUUCUUAACACUUACCUCUUGGUCCUAUCGUGAUAUUAUGAUGUCUAUGGUAUGUUCUGUCUUUUUAAAACUUUUUAUACAUAAUCCAUCUUACAAUGUACUGACUGAGCCUGUAGCCUAAAUGUGCAUAUGAUUUACCGUCUGUAAGAGAGAACAGUUGUUACUGUUGAUUUUGUGGAAUAGGCUGUUUCUACCUCUACAUUUAUUUAAAUAAUCAGUUGUUUUUUUCCAACACAAAAGAAAUCCACACCCAAUUUUGCAGUCAAUUAAAUGUUUCCAAGCUUGUUUUCAUUAAGCCGAAAGCUCUUGAACACUAAGAUGUUUUCCCCCCAACCAGUUUAGGUGCAUUGAAUGUUUGAAAACAUUUUGACCGACUGGUAUUAGUGUGACUUUUUGUUACUGUGAUCUUUAGAGACCUUUGUGAUGCAUAUCUUUGUCAAAAUCCUACUAAGUAAUUUUAAUGUAUUUUUUAAGAACGAAUGGACCAAGAAGUGGAAUGGUUACAAGGAAGUGUUUGUCAUUACAUCAGACUGGUGUUAGUUAUGUGGAGAAGUGUUUGUCUGCAUCCCAAGUGAUCCGCAGCCCUAUAUAGUGCAUUCAAAGUAGUUGACUGUAAAGGGACUAGGGUGCCAUUUGGGAGGACAAGUUUGUCACUGCAUAAGGUGAGACAGGUUGAACACUACUGCCAUGUGCAUAGUUACUUUAAAAGAGCAGACGGAGAGAUAAGGCUGGUUUGUUAUUCUGUCAUGAGUGAACGAUACUGACUACGUUAGGUCACCACCACACAGUCGCUCUUCUAUACUCACUCAAAGCAACAAGUCCACUCUUAUUUUUUGUGUCAACAUGUAUGCCAUAUAAAAAGAAAUUAAAAAUUGUAUCCUUUUGUUUUA